CAUAGUCCUGCGUAUACAGAAAGGACUGCGUCGCAUUUGUGUCGAGAGACGUGCAAUACCCAGUAAGUCUGUCCACUAACAGGACACGUCACAGAUUAAUCAGUAAUUCAGUUCCUCGGGCGGUAUAGAAAAGAACACUACAUUGAUAUCCAACUGCCUCAGGGAAUGUUACUUUGAUUGGAAUUGUAGAAACUGAUGCUUUAACGGGACACUAGCUGGAAACAUGUACCUGUCCCAGCUACUUGGUAUAUAUCUACCGGCUCUGUGUUGUGUUCUUUGUCCGCCGCUCGCGGCACAACGAUACCAAGAAUGUCCCCAGACGAUAAUGGCCAAUGAGCGAGACCGGCAGAGGAUAAUCGAGACGGGGCGAAAAUUCAGUCUAGUCCUGGAGAGGUACCGGAACAAGCCGGCAGAUAUCGUCUUCCUCCUCGACUCCUCGGCCAUUGUGGGGGAGGGUUACUUCGGCUGCGAGGUGCAGUUUGUCCGGCACUUCUCUAAGCUGUUCAGCGUGUCUCCAGAGACGUCGCGUGUGGCGGUGGUGACCUGUUCCAGCUGCGACAAGAUCUACACCGAUCUGGACUACAUCAACUCCCCGAUCGGCAAGAACAAGUGCACGCUCCUGGACACCGAUCUACGGCGGACCCACUACCGAGACGGGGAAACAUGCAUUGUAGGUGGACUCCUCAGAGCCAAAGAAAUCCUGGCUGGGUCUCGGCCGUCUACACAGAAGAUUAUUUUUCUUUUGAUGGCUGGCCAAUCCACUGAUGGUGAGAUCUUGCUUGAGUUGGCGGCAGAACUGCGAAACACAUCCACCAUAUUUGCCAUUGGACUAGGAGAAAGUGUGAGUAUAGAUGAGCUGAACGGCAUCGCAACUUCUCCAAGCGAGGACCACGUCAUCCUGCUGAAUCUUGUGACCGAUGUUGAGAGUCUGGCCGUGAAAGUACUUGGCGAUCAGACAGAUACGUCAUGGGACCUCAACGUAACCUCUGAUAUUUGUAAUUCACUCUGCUUGUCGGAGAGUAACUGCUGCGACUCACAUGCCAACUGCUCCUGUGCAACGCAGACCGGAAGCUACGGAUGUGCCUGUCAUCCUGGAUACACUGGCGAUGGAGAACAAGACCAGUGUACAGCUUGUCCCAACGGUACCUUCAAAUCACAAUACGGUAAUCAGGGGUGCACCAGUUGCCCCACUCUCUCUACUACGGCGGCAGAGGGCAGCACAUCCCUUAGUGAUUGCCAGUGCCUACCGGGACAUCAAGGCUCCCCGGACAUGAAGGUGCCUUGCACACCCGCAGCCAAACCGACUGAUUCGGGGGAAGAUGGGAGACUCCGCUGUAGCAAGCCACCAAGCAUCGAGAACGGCAGCUAUGAAACCUACAACCGUGGCACUUCCAUUGCAUACCUCUGUGACGAUGGGUUCAUGAUGUACACGUUUGGUGAUCGCACAAGACAUUGCCGAGACGGAAUAUGGAACGGGAGCACACCAAUCUGCUCGACUGGUGGGUGUUCAGAGGAAGACGCACCUACUGUAGAGAACUCCGCUGUACAGCGAUUCAACGGAGGCACGGUUCGGUUCUAUCGCUGUAAUGCUAGGUUCGAGCGCCAGUGGGAGGGUUCCAUGGUAAUAUACUGCGAUGGUGCUCGCUGGCGUAACGAGCCAGGACGGUGUGUGAGGGCUUCAUCAUCUCCGUGUGGACCAGCUCCACACGUAGAGAAUGCAAGACAGACCACGCACUCUGAGGGACUGAUUACCUACACGUGUGAACCGGGCUACAGACGGAGACUGGGGCGAGGCAGCAUUCUAUGCAGUGCAGAUGGGCAAUGGAUCGGCUCACCAGGAGUUUGCAUACGCAGGGGCUGUGUCAUUCCAAGAACAGACAGCGUUCAGAAUGGUCUCAUCAACAUCAAACAGUCUGGGGCUAUACUUCAGAUCGACUGUCAGGCUGGGUACGAGCUGAGGGGAUCAUCAGUGCUGUACUGCAAAGGUCGGCAAUGGAACGGGACUUUACCAACAUGUACAAGCAUGCAGUCGAGUAGUGGCUAUCCUGCUUCGGUACGAGAUGGCACUCACUGCGGUAAUAACAUACCUACAGUGAGCAAUGCGGACCUGCGAUAUUCGCCCAGAACGGACGCAGAGGGUAGACUGUUUUACGCUCUAGUUUACAGCUGUCACCCAGGCCAUACUUUGCGUCCAGCCAACUACGCCGUGUACUGCUCCGGUGGUAAUGUUGUCGGGACACUACCUGCAUGUUUAGCUACCUGUGGCUACAAUAAUGGAGGAUGCCAGCAUAUCUGCAGGAAUGGACCAGACGGUGCAGUCUGCUCGUGUCGGGACGGAUACCAACCAGCAAGUACAGACGGCAAGACUUGCCGAGAUGUCAACGAAUGUUUAGCCAACAAUGGCAGAGGUCCAUGCCAGCACAUAUGCUAUAACAGACCUGGAAGCUUCUCCUGCUAUUGUCACUCAGGAUUCAAUUUGGCACAAGACAAAACCAGCUGUUUACGAAAUCAAGACCAAUGCAACUGUGGUCCACACGGCCGAUGCGUGCGACUUUAUGAUACCAGGCCUACGUGCGUUUGUUAUAAUGAAUACCGCCGGAGUAUUGACGGCCUACGUUGUAUUAUUAAGUAUAAAAUUGCUUUAUUUGCAUGGUCAAAAUAAAAAGACUGAACCUUAACUAACAUACAGCUUCGAAAUGACUUAAAGGGAAGGUUUGACCGAUCUAUUGUAGUCAGCGUCAAGCAAAACGUCUGGAAACAAAAUCUCCCAUUAUUGUUGUAUGGGAUCAUUAAUUUCCCUUAACUUUUCCUCUUAUAUCGGAUCCAGAACCGCCGUGUAAUUGCGGGAGAGGCUCUACUAGAUGCGAAGAAAUCGAUGGAGUAAAGAGAUGUACCUGUGCUCGUGGGUACAGAGCCAGCUCCGAUGGAACUAGAUGUGAUGGUACUUCAUACUUUGUGGUUUAAUCUGAAACUGUUACGGGCCUUGCUUUUGGUCACUAUGACCAGUCCUGCUAAAUUUAAGCGAACACUGUAGUUAACUAUAAGUUGACCAAACAUCGCCCGAAUGAUAAAUUAUGUGGACCAUUAUAGUCAACCAUUUGGAACCAGUUCUGGUGCAUGGUUUCACCAAUGGCUAUCAUUAGCUUCUGUCAUUUAUCAGUAUAAAAGGAACCAUUUACAUGAAACUAAUUGCACUGAAUGUCAUCGGUCAUGAACACCGGAGUGG